UUCAUACACAUUGGCGUGGCAAGGAUGACUGUGUCACUGCUGCUACAGUUGCUGGUGCUGCAUGGUGCCUGUUUGCCUGUUUCAGCACAACUCUGCAGACUGCUUGGUCAGCCUGCCCUCCCUCUACUUUCUGUGCAAAAAGACAUCAACAUUGGGGCAAUUUUUUCAUUACAUACAAGUACUCUGUUAAAGAUGCAUUCUUUCACUUUAAAACCAGAGCCAACAACAUGUGUCAGCUUCAACUUGCGUGAGUUUAAAUUUGCUCAGACAAUGAUUUUUGCCAUUGAGGAGAUUAAUAACAGCACACAACUGUUGCCUGGCAUUUAUUUGGGCUAUAAGAUAUAUGAUUCCUGUAGCUCUAUACCUCUGACUAUCCUUUCGGGCAUGGCAUUGAUGAAUGGUUAUGAAGAAACUUUGAGUGACACAUCCUGCUCUAGACCACCAGCUGUUCAUGCCAUUGUUGGAGAGUCAAACUCCUCUCCCACCAUUGGAUUGGCAUCUGUAGUUGGUCCAUUCAGCUUACCUGUUAUCAGUCAUUUUGCCACAUGUGCAUGCCUGAGUAACAGAAAAAGGUAUCCAUCCUUUUUCAGAACAAUACCCAGUGAUUAUUACCAAAGCAGAGCACUGGCUCAACUUGUCAAGCACUUUGGCUGGACUUGGGUUGGGACGGUCAGGAGUCGCAGUGAUUAUGGUAAUAAUGGCAUUGCAGCAUUUGAGGAGGCUGCAAAACAAGAGGGUAUUUGUAUUGAAUAUUUCGAGACCAUAUUUAAAACUGAUCCACAAGAGCAGUUCCUGAAGACACUGGAUGUGAUUAAGAAGGGCACCGCCAGAGUGGUGCUGGCAUUUACUGCAUCAGGGGAUUUUGUUCCCUUCCUGAAAGUAAUUGCGCAACACAACAUCACAGGGCUGCAGUGGGUUGGCAGUGAAUCCUGGAUCACUUCUCGAACUCUUGCAGAAACAAAGGAAUUCAGUUUCCUUUCUGGAGCUGUGGGUUUUGCUAUAACUAAUGCCAAACUUGUGGGCCUGCGAGAGUUCCUAGUGAAUGUGCACCCUGAUCAAGAACCAAAAAAUGGAUUGCUAAAAGAAUUUUGGGAAACAGCUUUACGGUGCUCUUUCAUGACCAGCAGCAAUGGUGGCUGUACAGGCUCAGAGAGACUGGCAGAUCUUCAAAAUGAAUAUACAGAUGUAUCAGAGCUACGGAUAGCAAAUAAAGUGUACACUGCAGUGUAUGCUGUUGCACAUACCCUACAUAAUGUAUUAAAAGAUUUCAGAUCCCUCACCAACAACAGCAAAGGAGAACGGCCCACACCACAAAGGAUUUUGGAGUAUAUGAGGAAUGUGAGAUUCAACGUCAAAACAGGUGAAGAAAUAUUCUUUGAUGCAAGUGGUGAUCCAGUGGCAAGAUAUGACCUGGUGAACUGGCAACCUGCUGGGAAUGAAGGUGUGCAGUUUAAGAAUGUGGGCCUCUAUGACAGUUCACUGCCCUCAGAGCAAUGCCUUCAAGUCAAUCAGGAACAUGUGCUUUGGGCAGGAAACACUGGACAGGUACCUGUGUCUGUGUGCAGUGAGAGCUGCCCCCCUGGAACUAGGAAGGCUGUGCAAAAAGGACGACCUGUCUGCUGUUAUGACUGUAUUCCAUGUGCAGAGGGAGAAAUCAGUAAUGGCACAGAUUAUAGUGACUGCUUUCCUUGUGAUUUGGAGUACUGGUCGAAUGAAAGCAAAGACAGAUGUAUAUUAAAAGUGGUUGAAUUCCUUUCCUAUACAGAAAUCAUGGGGAUUUUGCUUUGUAUUUUCUCCUUUAUUGGGGUGUUUUUAACGGCAAUGGUAUCUUUUCUGUUUUAUCUUCAUAAAGAAACACCUAUUGUCAGAGCCAACAACUCAGAGCUGAGCUUCCUGCUGCUCUUUUCAUUGACUCUGUGUUUUCUCUGUUCACUUACUUUCAUUGGUCGGCCCACUGAGUGGUCCUGUAUGUUGCGUCAUACAGCAUUUGGGAUCACUUUUGUCCUCUGUAUCUCUUGUGUUCUUGGGAAAACAAUAGUGGUGUUAAUGGCUUUCAGGGCUACACUUCCAGGAGGCAAUGUCAUGAAAUGGUUUGGACCUGCACAACAACGACUCAGUGUUGUUUUCUUAACGUUAAUACAGGUGGUUAUAUGUGUGCUUUGGUUAACAAUAUCCCCUCCUUUUCUAAAUAGGAAUUUGAGCUAUUACAGAGAAAAAAUUGUCUUAGAGUGUAACUUGGGUUCAGCUCUUGGUUUUUGGGCUGUUCUAGGAUAUACUGGCCUGCUAUCAGUCUUGUGUUUUGUUUUAGCUUUUCUGGCUCGGAAGCUCCCUGAUAACUUCAAUGAAGCCAAGUUCAUCACAUUCAGUAUGCUUAUAUUCUUUGCCGUCUGGCUCACAUUUAUCCCAGCUUAUAUUAGUUCUCCUGGAAAAUUUACAGUAGCUGUGGAGAUAUUUGCUAUUUUAGCAUCAAGUUUUGGUUUACUAUUUUGCAUAUUUGCUCCAAAAUGUUACAUCAUUUUACUAAAACCAGAGAAGAACACAAAGAAACAAAUGAUGGGGAAAUCUUCAUCUAAAGCCUAUUAAACCCACAAAUAAGCAUGCCAUUUAACUAAGCUGUACAAAGCAACAGUUAAGUAAUUCAACUGAAAAAAGGGCUGUCUGACCCAUUAGUUCUGCUCUCCACAGGCUGUGGCAGGCUCUGCAGUGUAGGCCGGGUCAGCACAAGACACAGUGGACUCUCACUGACCAUCUCCAUCACAGCCAUGUUCUGGACCUGCACUGUGUACUUCCUAAUAAAAAAUGACAUUGACUUUUUGCAAUUAACAAGAAAUGGAAAUUUAAAUUAAUGACCUGUUUUUCUAACAGCUUAUGUAAUAAUAAUAAUAAUAAUAAUAAUAACAAUAAUAAAUCAUCUGUUUUCAGAACAAGGCCCCACUUAGCCCCACUUUGGUGAGUUGUGUGAAGAUUUUGACUAAAAAGCAGAAAUUUCACUUUGGACACCAAACACUAUCAUCAUGUAGUGUUACGUCCUUGUGUUAUGUUGAAGUUUUUUCUUCUUUCCCAGAUUCUUGUUUCUACUUUCUUUCAAUUUCAUAGUGCCAUGCCAUUGGUUCACGGCAGGUCACCUGAUCCCUGUGCUUCCCGUGAUGUCAUCAAUCUAGUCUCCAAUCGGCUCAUUACACAGUGACAUAAAAGUGGAGUAAAGAUGUCACUCAUGAGGCCUGAGAGAAUCAGAGAUUUUGAUUUAAAUUUUGGAUUGUUGUAAUGACUUUGUUUUGUGUAUCCCCUGUGUAAUUGUAUAUACUUUGACUUGUGUAACACUGUGCUCAUUCCCUAUUUGUCUUCCCUCUCAUUACUAAUGUCAUAUCUGAGGUUGGAGAAGGGACAGGUAAGCAAGUCGCGUGAUUUACAUUGUACGCACAUAGGGAUUUCACUUGAGUUGUAUUAGAAACACUAGGGCAAGGGGCGAGCUCCAUCUGCUGUAUUUUUGUUUUGGAAUAGUUAGUGUAUUUAAGUAGGAUGUCUGAGACAUAUUUCUUUCUUUCUUCUCAUUGAUAGUUUAGAGUGUCAAACUCCACUCCUGGGCCACUGUCCCAUAGAGUUUAACUCCAACCACCUCCAAAACACAUGCCUGGAGGUUUCUAGUAAUCCUGAAGACCUUGAUUAGCUGGUUUGGGUGUGUUUAAUUAGGGUUGGAGCUAUACAACUGGACCUAUGCUGAGAUUGACAACCUUGGUUUAGAGGGUAAAGUUAGUUUGGGCUUGAUUAUUUCUUUGAUUUGGAUGCCGCCCGUGUUUCUUCUCCAAUUCUCUUUUCCCCUAUAAUUAUUAUUUUUUUUAAUUUGUGUUUACCAUUCCUUUUUAGAUAUAAUAUAUUAGCUAUGCUAGACAUCGGCUGCAGCUUGAUGCAACCGAUCGGUGAGAGUUGCUGCUUGCAGUUGGGGAGGAGCUGAAAACGCGUGCAGUCGGACAUUUUCUGCUUCCCGUAGUGAGACUCGCUCUGCGUUUGCAUAGCUUAUCACAGCUUAAGUGAAAUAAAUGCAAUAUUUGUCUAAUACACAGAUGUUUCAGACAUUUUAUUCAGUACUUUAUGUACUGCUUUCAGCAUUUGUUUGUAUAAGAAUGAAGUUCAACAUAAGCAUAU